UUCUUUUCUUUCUUUUUUUUUUCCCUUAAUAUCUUUUAAGCUUAUUUGUUAUUGUUUUUUUUAUUUCCUUCAAAGAUAAACAUUUGAAAUGGCUGAUCGUUAUAGUUUCUCACUUACCACUUUCUCUCCUUCCGGAAAGCUUGUCCAAAUUGAAUAUGCAUUAAAUGCUGUUUCUCAAGGUGUUACAAGUGUUGGCAUUAAAGCCACCAAUGGUAUUGUUAUUGCAACAGAAAAGAAAUCAGCUUCCAAUCUUGUCGAUGAUUCUACACUUGAAAAGGUAGCUACUAUCUGUUCUAAUAUUGGUAUGGUUUAUUCAGGUAUGGGUCCAGAUUUUCGUGUUUUAGUUAGUAAGGCACGUAAGGCAGCACAAGCAUAUAAGAGAGUCUAUAUGGAGGAGCCUCCAGUACGAAUUCUUGUUCAAGAAGUUGCAAGUGUUAUGCAAGAAUAUACUCAAAGCGGUGGUGUUCGUCCUUUUGGAGUUUCACUUUUAAUUGCAGGAUAUGAUGAAGUGAAUGGACCUUCACUCUAUCAAGUUGAUCCAUCUGGUUCUUAUUGGGCUUGGAAAGCAAGUGCUAUUGGUAAAAACAUGAUUAAUGCAAAGACAUUCUUAGAAAAGAGAUAUAAUGAAGAAAUGGAAUUAGAAGAUGCAGUACACACAGCAAUUUUGACUCUUAAAGAAGGAUUUGAAGGUCAAAUGACAGAAAAUAGUUUAGAGAUUGGUAUUAUUGGUACAAGUACUGUUGAUGUCUAUGGUGGUGAAAGAAAAAAGAUGCCAUUAUUUAGAAAGUUGAAAUUGAAUGAAGUUAAAGAUUAUUUAGCAAACAUUGCUUAAUAUUUUCUAUAUAAAAUAAAAUGAUGUAAUGUAAAACUCGUA